AUGGCCAUCAUGACGACAAUCACGUCCGCGCGUGUACGAUUACAGGGACUCGUCUUUUUCUUUCUCGUCACCAUCCUCCUCGCCAUCUACGACACACACGAUUCACGCGCGGCGGGGAUCGUCAGCUAG